AUGGACGUAAAUCAGCAUUGGACACUUAUUUCUCGUUUAGAGAGAAAAUCGUAUUUAGAAUAUUAUCCAUCUCCACUGGGACACUUCAAAACCGUUUUCAUCGUUCAAAACAUUCACCCAGUUCUCGAAAAUAUGGAUUACAAGAUCGUUACACAGUACUUUAACAAAAUGAAUAUUGGUUUUUCUCAUGGGGUAACCAUGUUUGACACACGACUUUUGCUUUUUGCGGAUUGUCGAGUGAAUGAUCCGAAUGUUGGAGAGUGGAGAAUUAAAGCGAAUCUGAAGUUUACUAUCAACAAGUUCAAUGAGAAAAUUGAUUCAAUAAUCUAUGACUGCGGAGAUGUUUGGUUUGAUAACAACAUCAAUUUUAUUCAACGGACAACUUUCCUUACUGCAAAUGAUCUACUGAAUGAAGACUUUGGAUUUGUAAGAGGCACUCGAUUUAUAAUGGGGACAGAUAUCAGGAUUCUGGAGGUAGAAGGGGUUCAUCAACCAGUUGUUAUGAAUCAUCGUGUGCCACCGGUAAAUCCUGAUAAUCGAUUUGUCUUCGUCUACCCAAAUGAGAACUUCUACUGCAGCAAAGAAAUAUUGGAUAUCCUCUGCGAAAUGAAUGGUAAUAGCAAAGUAUCUGCAAUCGGACAAAUCGAAUUUCCCAUUGCAUCACGUGGACCCCUCGAAGAGUUCCUUGACUGCCUCUAUGGCGCUCCAAUACCGGUUCAUAGUCGAGGAGGGCUCAACGAUUUUCUGAAUAUAGCUCAGCAUUUCUUGGUGAGAGCAGUUACCCAGAGAGUUGCCACUGCGGUGAUCCACGACGCGGGUGUAAAUGAAGUGAAUUUGGAAUUCUUGAAGUUAGCAGUUCAACGUAAUAUGAGAAGAGUCGUUCACCGCUGGUUGAUCGGAAAGCAAUCAAUCAAUAAAAUUCAAAUUCAAAGAUUGGGUGUCCAUAGAAUGUCUGGAGAGGUUAUGAAAGCGAUUGUAAAGAAAGUUCUGGAGCUGGGAUGGGAGAAAUAG